CAAAAAAGGGGCUUAUUAGAAUUAUUUUUAAAAGACCGUGAUUCGCAUAAACCAUAUAAAUCUGUUCAGUGCCUCACAAGAUCGAUCAAUCAAUCAGUUCUCUAAUCUGAGUGUCGAUCAUAUAAUCAAAACGAGGAAAAUAUUCUUAGUCAGAAAAAUUGAAAGUGUAACAGAAGAGAUUAAUGGAUGGUUCAGGUCCAAGAGAAGGAGGAGCAGCUAUGAAGCCAGUGAUUCUGAGAGUUGGUGUCGCUCUCGUACUAUCAGCAACUGGUUUGAUCUUGGCCAGGUUCGUGUCUCGGAAAGACGAUAACGAGGUAACUUCUUCUGCAAGCAAUCCAGAGCCUCCUUCAUCACCUAGCAGAAGAAACGAUGGAGAAGAAGAAACAGAGAGCCUAGAAGAUCAUCAGAAGCUAGAGAUUCUCAGAUUAAAAUCCAGAUUCGAGGAGCUUCAGAGGAAGGAAUACGAGAUGGAGUUGCGUUUCGAACGUUAUUGUAACUUGAAAGAUCAAGAAGUCAUGCUUAUGGAGCAUAAAAGUAUGUUGGCCCUUGAGAAAUCUCAAUUAGAUUUCUUCCGUAGAGAAGUUUCCGCGAUGGAGGAAGAACAAAAGAGGGGUCAAGAUUUGGUGAUUGUGUAUCUCAAACUGGUGGGAGAAAUCCAAGGGCUGAGAUCAGAGAAUUGGUUGCUUGAGGGGAAAGCAAAAAAGCUCAGAAGAAGAGGAAAGCAGUUAUACCGCGUUGUAAACGAGAAGAACACGAGGAUCAUUGGCGUGGAAAAAGAGCUCUUGAAGUGUCUUGAUGAAUUGGAGAUGAAGAAUAACGUUGUGAAGGAACUUGAAGGUGAAGUUAACGUCCUAAAAGCUAAGGUCGAUGUGUUGCAAGAGGAAAAGGAAGAAAUAUCCGGGAAGUCUUCAGAAUAUUCAAAAUCAGAGAUGGUGAGUGUAGAAGAUUAUAGAAGGGUAUUAGAAGAGUAUGAAGAUAUGAAGAAGGAUUUUGCUAAUGGAGUGAAGGAAGUGAUUAACCUGAGAUGGAGCAAUGCUUGUUUGAGGCACGAGGUGAUGAGAAAUGGAACCAAUUAUGGGGAAGUAGCUUUUUCUCCAAACCGAAACUUGCAAGAGCUGGAAAUUGAGGAUCAAGCGGAUGCUCUUGCAUUGACAGUAGCUGAUGAGCAUCAUGAAGAGAAUAACUAUCAUGAUCAUGAUCCUCAUCAUCAUGAAUCUUCAAGGAGGAAGAGGUUGAUGAAGAAGCUGAAGAGAUGGGUUGAAGGAAAUGAGAAGGGAAAAUCAACAAAGUCAGAGGAAAAAUGUUUCGGAAGGCACUCUUUGACGGUGGAACCUGAGGAAGAACGGAUGUUUCAUUCAAGAAGAUCUUGUUCUAGCGUAUAAAAUGUAACAUCGUGCUUUACAAGAGCAGCAGUCAAUGUUCUAAGAAUUCUCUAAAAUUAACAUAGUCAUGAAAAAGGCAAAAAGAAAAGAAGAACUAAAAUGAAAUUGGGUAAGCAACGAUUAAUUAUGAUCGAUGACAUCAAAAGAUCAAAUCAAAUUGGGAUAUAUAGUCCAUGUCAAAGAACUAACAAGGAAUUAAAAUCACAUGUGUACAUAUAGUUGUAUACCACAAAUGUAGACAUAGUUGGC